AUGGCAAGCUGCGUGUCCGCGCACAACUCCAACACCAUCAAGUUUGCUGACAACACGGCAGUGAUAGGAUUGAUCACUGACAAUGAUGAGGCAAAGAACUGCUACUACCAUGGAGAAGUGGAAGGCCACGCUAACUCUGACGUCACUCUCAGCACCUGCUCUGGCCUCCGGGGUUUCAUCUCACUUGAAAAUAAGACCUUCAUCCUUGAACCAUCGUUGGACCAGGACAAUUAUACACACAUCAUUUACAGAGGGGAAAACCUCAACCUGUCCUCUGGAACCUGUGGUCAUGGCUUCAACAUGUCCUCUGUUACACCUGACAACCAUCUAAGAAGCCCUUUCCGAACAUUCAGUACCAGGCACAAGAGGCACGCUCAGAAGACUACCAAGUAUGUGGAGCUGAUCAUCGUAGCAGACAACAGAGAGUUCCAGAAACAAGGGAAGGAUGUGGAGAAGGUCAAACAGAGGCUGGCUGAGAUCGCCAAUUACGUGGACAAGUUCUACAGGGUCCUGAACAUCCGCGUGGCCCUGGUGGGCCUGGAGGUAUGGAGCGACUCUGAUAAGUGUCCUGUCACUCAGGACCCCUUCAACACCCUGCAUGAGUUCCUAGACUGGAGGAAAGUCAAACUGCUGCCUACGAAAUCACACGACAACGCUCAGCUCAUCAGUGGGGUGUACUUCCAGGGUACCACCAUUGGCAUGGCUCCCAUCAUGAGCAUGUGCACAGUGGAGCAGUCUGGAGGCAUCGUUAUGGAUCAUUCGGAAAAUCCCCUGGGUGCAGCUGUGACUUUAGCACACGAGCUGGGGCACAACUUUGGCAUGAACCACGACACCCCGGAGCGGGGGUGUGGCUGCAGGAUGACAGUGGACCGUGGGGGCUGCAUCAUGACCCCCUCCACUGGGUAUCCAUUUCCUACUGUGUUCAGCACCUGCAGUAAGAAGGACCUGGCAGCCAGUCUGGAGAAGGGAGUGGGGAUGUGUCUGUACAACAUGCCUGAGGUCAAGGUGCUCUACGGGGGACAGAAAUGUGGCAACGGAUAUGUGGAGGAGGGAGAGGAGUGUGACUGUGGAGAGCUGGAGGAAUGCAUGAACCCCUGCUGCAAUGCCACCACCUGCACCCUGAAGGGAGAUGCUGUGUGUGCACACGGACAGUGCUGCGAGGACUGCAGGCUGAAGCCUGCUGGCACACCGUGUCGAGAAUCCAGUAACUCCUGUGAUCUGCCAGAGUUCUGUACUGGUGCCAACCCCCACUGCCCUGCCAACGUGUACCUGCAUGACGGGCACACCUGCCACAAAGUGGACGGAUACUGCUACAACGGCAUCUGCCAGACCCACGAGCAGCAGUGCAUCACACUAUGGGGACCAGGAGCCAAACCUGCCCCGGGGAUCUGCUUUGAGAGGGUCAACUCAGCAGGAGAUCCUUACGGGAACUGUGGCAAGGACUCCAAAGGAUUGUUUGCCAAAUGUGAAGCCCGAGACGCAAAGUGUGGUAAAAUUCAGUGUCAAGGAGGGGCCAACCGGCCUGUGAUUGGCACCAAUGCCGUCUCCAUAGAAACCAACAUCCCUCUUCAGGAAGGAGGGAGAAUCCUGUGUCGGGGGACGCACGUCUACCUGGGUGAUGACAUGCCUGACCCUGGACUGGUUCUGGCUGGCACCACGUGUGGAGAGGGCAUGAUGUGUCUAAAUCGUCAGUGCCAGAAUGUCAGUGUGUUUGGUGUGCACCAAUGUUCUGGGAAGUGCAGCGGACGAGGGAUGUGUAACAACAAGAAGAACUGCCAUUGUGAGGAGCACUGGGCCCCUCCCUUCUGUGAGAGGGCGGGGUUUGGAGGCAGCCUCGACAGCGGCCCAAUGAGACUGUCAGCUGACAGCAGGGGGGUUGCCGUGGCGAUCCUGGCCACCCUCCUCAGCCUGAUGGGUGCUGGGUUCCUGGUAUUUCUCAAGAGGAAGACUCUGGUCCGUCUGCUCUUCACCAACAAGAAGACCACCAUGGAUAAACUGAGGUCUGUUGGGUCCACCAGAGCAACCAGCCCCAGCCAGACUCAGUCCAUGUACAGUUCACAACGCAAAUCCCCAGCCAAGCCUCCAGGUGCCAGCGUAUACAAGGGACACAGGAGAAAAGAGUUGGUGGAGUCGAGACCAUCCCACCGGAGUUUGGAGCCUCUCCUUCCUUCACACAGUUUACAUUCCCACAGCUUACGACGGUUGCCCAACUACCAGCCCAUCCACAUCAGCCACCCCAUGCCUGUCUCCCUGAGUGUGGGACAGCAACCUCUGCCCCCAGUCCCACCCCACCACAGGGCCCUGCCGGCCCACACUGCCCUCUCCCCACCGCGGGCACCACCCUGCCACAGCCUGCCCAGACAGCAGCCCUACAGGAUGGACCAGGACCGUGAGAAGCCCAGUCCGCCCCAGAAGCCCCUGCCUGCAGACCCUUUGGACAGGCGUGCUUGGGUGGAAAGCAGCACCUCGGUGGUGGGGUUCCGCCUCCCUGGACCCAUACCUAUCCCCAUCCCCACCUUGCCCAGGCCCCUGCUCACCAUCCCACAACCAAACAGACCUGCACCCAUACAAUCCCUGAGACUGCCUAAGACUCAUCAUUUCGACCGCUGA